GUUUUAAUAUAAAAUCUUUACUUUUAUAUAAUUUAUUAAUGUGAAUACUAUGAUUUAAAAAGAACAAUUUAUCUCUUUCGAUAACUCGUAACUUCAUUAUAACCUUUUUAAAUUUCAUACGAUGGAAACUGUAAAAGCUAGCUAUUCAAGAACAAUGGAAGAAGUACAAGAAAGUUUAAAACUAGCUGUUAUUAAUGAGUCUGAUCUGCUAAAUGUAACACAAAUUUUAUAUUCUGCAGAAGAACAUAAUAUGCAAGAACACAUCAAACUAUUAGAACUUGAUGAAAAUUUAAUAGAAACAGUAAACACUGGGGACAGUUUAACGUUCCAGGGUACUGAAGAAGAUUCUGUGGUAUUAUGCACAAAAGAUCGAACAUAUGAUAUUAGUGAGGCAGAAACAUCUAAUUCUUAUUUGUUAGUACCAAGGUUAAAUUUAUCUCAACAGAUAAAUGUGGAUACAAGCCGAAUAAUAGAAGCUUAUAAUAUUUGUGGGAUUUUUCAUACAUACUAUGAGGUAAAGGAGUGUAGACCUAAAUUGGAAAAAUUACUUAAUAUUCUUGAGCCCACAUCUUUUAAAGGAAUAGAGUAUGAAUCAUCAAUAUCUCACGAACUUUUAUACGAUUGGCAUAGAUUAAAAAACGAAAUACAAGCCAGUGAAGCUGAACUAAUCCAAGCUUUAAAUAAUUAUUUAAUAACCAAUAUUGAUGGUUAUUUCCGUCUUAUAUCAUUUGAAUUUGAGGUCCGAAGUUUAACACUUAUGUUAGACCUUUUUGAGGAAAAUAGUUGGGAAAUAGAUGAAGUAGACAAAGAAAUUACAUAUGAACUUUUGAAAGAAUUUAUUUACAAACCAGUUUUUAAUACUUUGUUUACAAAAUAUACAGAAAUAAGUGAAAAAUUAAGAAAGGAUGGAACACCAUUAUAUAGAUAUAAUGAAGAAAAAUGUUGCAAAACUUUAGCAAAAGUACUGUUUGUUGCUUCUCCAAUAACUGAAUACAAACAAUUCAUGAAAUCAUGGAAUAUUGGUACCCCAGAAAAAAUAGAACCAAAAGAAGAAUAUCUAUAUGGAAUUGCGCUUAUUAAGUGGAAUAAUUUAAUGGAAAAAGAAAUAAUAUCUUUUCCAGAAACUGAUUUGCCAAUAGAUAUUGAUGAAAGAUUUAAUAAACUUUUUAAAGCAAAAAAAAAGUGGACAGUUCAAGAAAUAACACCCUAUAUAACAAAUUUAACAACUCAUAAAAUGAAUGUUAAUGCUCUUCUAACUAAGUAUGCUAGAUAUUCAAUUAUUAAUGGUAUUAAGUAUUAUAGUUCAAAAUAUGGUAACUGAAAUUACUUAUACUGCUGAAAUCAUUCUUGUUGUUUAUUAUUCUGUGUGUGGUCAUAAUACAUAGUUACAUUUACACAAUUUUAUAAAUAUUUUUUAAAUAUUA